AUGUAUAAAAUAAAACCCGACGAUUUUGUUAAAGUGUCCAAAAAUUUGGACUAUUUAACUAUCGAGUCAUUUAAAUUGAUUACAAAUGAAAAAAAUUCAUUCGAUGUGAUUAUCGAUCUGGGCUUCGGUGACGGCAGAGUUACCCGAUUGUUGUCCCAAAACGUACCGCACAAACAACUGGUGGCCAUCGAUGUCGUACCCGAAAUGCUGGAACACGCUGUGGCCAACAAUACGGACGAUCCGACCAUUGAGUAUGUCCUGCAAGACCUGACUGUUUCGUGGCCUGAGUUGAGUCCACGGAUCAGACAAUUGGAGUCCAAAGUAGAUCUACUGUUCAGUAACUUUAUGUUACACUAUAUCACAGAUAAGUAUCAACUGAUGGCAAUAAUUGGACAAUUGUUGACCAGCGGUGGACUGUUUUAUUCAACUAUUCUUAUUACUAGAGAUUUAAAUACAAAAAAACUUGUAAUCAAUAAUAAUAAUAAUAGGGUUGAGAAACAACUGUUGUAUCCAUCGGUUGACAAACAGAUUAACGUUUGGAAACAGUGUUUAGUCGACAAUGGAUUUCAAAUUAAAUUAUUUAAAGUAAUAACCGAUUAUAUAGUUUUGAAUCGUAAAAUGAUUAUCGACAUUAUGCCAGUAUUAGUUGACGACUAUUUGCAUGUCGGCGGCGGUCAUCAGUUUUCUGACCAGACUAGUGACCACUUCUGGAACAGUGUAUUUGAAAACAAUUUUAGUCCACUGGACUCGGAGUCGGCGGCGGCGGCGGCGACUGAGAUGUCGGCGGAGUCGGUGUCCAACCCUAACGCUUGGAAACAAUUUUUAGCCGACAAUACUAUUACUGAAAUGCGUAACAAUUAUCAUGUUUUACGUGUUAUGGCUUAUAAUAAUAGACAAUAA